GGGAGUGAACAAGUUAGGGAGCAGCUCAGGGCCGCGGCCGGGGAGGGAGGGCCCCGCUGACUCUCUGGGGCGCGACGCCCGCGCGGGUGACACGCAUCGCGCUCCCCGUCGCCGCGUCGCCCGGCUUCUCCGGUUUCAGGCGUUUCCGCAGCUGAGAAAGCCAACUCCAGCCUGAAAUUGAGGGCCCCCCAUCGCCCGCGUCACCAAAGAGGAUGCACGCGCCCUUUCCAGAGCCCCAGCCUGGAGACCUGAUCGAGAUUUUCCGCCCUUUCUACAGACACUGGGCCAUCUACGUUGGCGAUGGAUAUGUGAUCCACCUGGCCCCCCCAAGCGAAAUCGCGGGGGCUGGUGCGGCCAGUGUCAUGUCUGCGCUGACCGAUAAGGCCAUCGUGAAGAGGGAGCGGCUGUGCGUCGUAGCCGGGAGAGACCGGUACCAGGUAAACAACAAGCACGAUGGCAGGUAUGACCCGUUGCCUCCCAGCAAAAUCGUCCAGCGGGCAGAGGAGCUGGUGGGCCAGGAGGUUCUCUACAAGCUGACCAGCGAGAACUGCGAGCACUUCGUUAACGAGCUGCGCUACGGGGUCGCCCGCAGCGACCAGGUCAGAGAUACCAUCAUGGCAGUUGGCAUCGCAGGAUUGGGCCUGGCAGCCAUGAGCCUCUUUGGAGUCAUGUUCUCAAGAAACAAAAAACAAAAGCAAUGACUUGAAGGGACUCUUUGGUCAGCAAUGACUUUACACAUUAAGGGGGUCUUGUUUUGCUAGAGGGUUUGAGGUUUGGUUUGCAGAUUUCAUUCUGUUUUGUAAUAAGGCUUAUUUUCAUGGAAUAAAAUAAAACCCAAUGAGCGAGGAUUUCCUUGGGGGAAAUGCAGCAAGAACUGCCUGGCGUGGAGUCUGUUGAGGGUGCAGCUGGGCUCUGUUCCUGCUGAUGCCAGGUUGUGCUCUUGCCCUUUGGUGAUUUUCUCUCACUUUCUCUUUGAGGGCUGCGUUCUUUCCGAGCAGGACACAGAGUCCAGCUCCGGUUAUCUCAAGUAAUGGGUGUCUCUAGUGGUGAGGAUACAAGUGGGCAGCAAGGGAGACACACAGACCUGACUGAUGGGUGAGAACAAGAACCACUGGACACCCAGGACCCUUGGCCUGGAACUAGACCCAGGCUGGCCCCCAGGACUCAGCAGCGGGAGUCUGUAGACGUCCAGUGGGGUUCAAACCGAACCAAACCUCAGCCACAAGGAAGCAGUAAAUGCUCUUGCCAAUCUUGUUAAACCUCCCCCGCUCCUCACAGCUCACUUCUGCCUUAUGGCUGCCGCCCCACAGCACACCCCCGUCCUCUCCACUUGGGCUUGUUACGACCCCUCAAGUUGCUGAUCCAACACCCACUCUUGGGGCUUCUCUUCCCACAUCUGCUCAUCUUCAUCCCUGAGGCCUGCGAGGUGCUCCCAGCUCCCGAGAGAGAAUCUGAUUGGCUCAGCUCACUACACAUAGCUCAGCCUGCAGACUGAUUGGCUGCCACUGGGUCAGGUGGCUCCACUAGGCCAAUCAGCUCUGCCCAAUGGGGCCAGGUCACAUGGUACAAGGCUGCCUCAGGCCUUACGGGGUGGGGAUGUGGCUGGUCCCAUGCCUGACGUAGGUACUGCUGAGCCCUGGGGGCAGGGGUUUGGAGAGAAGACACGACCGUUUGUGGUUGGUGCCUUGAGCUCUCCAGCUAUUACUCCCUGGGCUUGGCAGAUGCUCAACGUGACCAUUUGCCUGAAGGGGGCUUUUGUGGGUUCCUCAAAAAUACCCUGCUGGGACCAAUAUUGUCCUUCCCUCCACAGGGCAAGUUUCUCCUUCAUCUGGUUGCGAAUGUUUCCUUCGUCAGCCCUGGUUGUCUGGGGACCUUCUGUCUGUCGGAAUUCUAGACAGGACUGACAAGUGGCUCCUGGCCAGCUCCCUCCUGCCUGGCCCACAUCUGGUCCAGAAUAAGCUUGUGCCCAUUCAUGCCUCAGUGUUGUUAUGAGUAGUUUUCUCCUAGUGUAGUUUUCUUUCUUUUUGUUUCAGUUCUAUUGAUGUAACAUCUCAUGCCAGUUCUCAAGCUCCCCAAACCCAAGGGACAUGGGGCAACUUUAUUGACAUGUGUGUUCCAAUUACCAUUUUCUUAAUUGUUUUGAGUUUGUAUUUGUAGGUGUUUUCCUUUUCUUGUGUUUCCUACUUAGAGAAGUUCUUUUAGCAGUUGUUGUAAGGCUGGUUUGGUGGUGCUGAAUUCUCUUAACUUUUGCUUGUCUGGAAAGCUUUUGAUUUCUCCCUCAAAUCUGAAUGAGAUUCUUGCUGGGUAGAGUAUUCUUGGCUGUAGGUUUCUCUCUUUCAGGACUUUCAGGAUAUCCUGCCAUUCCCUUCUGGCCUGCAGAGUUUCUGUGGAAAGGUCAGCUGUUAUCCUG